AACGUAGCUUAGCGCGGCCUUCAGUGCUCCACGGCCGAAUAAUUCCUUAGAAAGAAAAGCGACGGUGGUCAAAUGAAAGCGCUAACAACAAAAACAAAACACGUUCGGUCUCCGUGCGCGGCGGCCGCCCGCAGAGUGCGUCGGCACCGUUCUUCUUCGGGACUAGUUUUCCUAACCUAAAUUUCGGGAGCGGCUAAUUCCUGCCGGGUGGACCGGGGCGUAAGUGUCCACUACAGGUCCAGUUCUUGUCGCUUUCGCGCUGGCGUGGCAGCGAUGUGCAACGUGUAUUUCGCGCGACUCGCAAGCUGUUUCACUGUGCAGCAUGUGAGCGACACGCCGAGCAGCAGUAUGGAGGAUGUGGCCUCAACACCGUCAGCGCUAAAACCAUGUUCGAUAUGUGGGAGAACGUUUCGUCCUGAUGCUUUGGCACGGCAUGAGCAAAUAUGCCUCAAAGCAAAAUCCAAGCCGCGCAAGGUUUUUGAUUCUUCAAAGCAAAGGAUUGAAGGAACAGAAAUCAAGAACGCACCGAAGCUGCCAUCGCUUUCACCAAAGCCAAAGACGAAACCCCGGACUAACUGGAAGGAGAAGCAUGAGGAGCUUAUCCGUACAAUUCGUGCCGCGCGGGGUGAAGACGUCGGGCCGUCAACCGACACGGCUUCAAAUGGCAGCCGGCCAGCAGUGCCUGCAGGAUAUGUGGAAUGCCCUAGCUGCAACCGCAACUUCAGUGACCGUGCCGCUGACAGACACAUUGCGUGGUGCCAAGAGAGGAAGAGCCGGAUACCAAAAAGCCCAGCCAGCGCAGAGGCUGUGGAGAGGCUCAAGGCCAGAACAAAGUACAAGGUCCCCACACCUGGCAAGAAGAAUGGUACUGUGAGCCCUUCGGGCUCUCAGGGCUCAAAGGAGGGUGGCAGUGGCAAGGUCGCUGUGGUCAACCGAAAUCACCAGAGGACCAAGUCGUCUCCGUCGAUGCUGGACACAAACGGGACGACCGCGAACAAGGCAAAGAAGCCGAUCGUAAGCCGUCGGGUAAAACAGCUUCCUGCUCCUGUGAAACCGAAACAGCUCAAGCCGGUGAAUGUCAUGAAGUUCAAGGAGAAGUUUCCGAACCACGUCAGCAGCCAAUACAGGUAUCCUUCAGAUGACAGCUAUGAUCCGUACAAGAAGGCUGACAUGCAAAUGCGAGAAUUGAUUCGAGGCUCCACCCUGAUGUCCAAGAACCCCAGGACGGUUCCGGGAGUGCGAACGGGUGGCUUAAAUAGCAACAGUAUAAAUGGAAACCUGAGCGACUCUAACAGCUACACGAGCACCAACAGUGGAUCUGAGAACAAGCUAGACGAAGAAAUGAACUACCUCAACGCAAAGUUUGCUGAGCUUUCGAGGCCAGGAUUUACCGGGGAGUUCACAAACAACUGGGCCAAGCGUAUGAACGACAACGCAGUGGCAGUGCACUCGCUCAGCGACCGCGAUGUCCACGUCAGCAGUAGUGGUAGCGACGGCUCGUUGCCGAGCGUGGGUCACGGCCUGGAGACCAAAGUUCCUUAUCUGUGUCAUCAGUGUGGCACCAUGUACCCGGUCACUGUAGCCAAGUACUGUUGUGAGUGUGGCGCCAGGAGGCUUGGCUACAUCAGCCUCUACGCGUAAUGUUCCAGUGUGUAGGGGAAAGUUGGGAACGAUCGUGACUGCCGCCACAUCGUAAAAUACGGAAGCGAGCGCUGUAAGAAGCAUCGGUCGUCCACUGUGACGUGGAGGCUCUGUUUUGUUCACUCACACUACGCUCGAAUUAUUCUUUCUUUCUGUCUGUCUCCUUGUUGCAGAGCUGCUAAACGGUCUCCUGUAGAAGUUUACGAAACAACCUGCAACUUCAAAACUUGUUGCGCAUUGUGACUUGGAAACACAUUGCUUGACUUCGGUACUGUGGCACUCUGCAGCCGAGCAUGAGAUCUUGGGAUCAAUUAGUCGCACUUCAUUGUGAAAGGCAAUAUUGCUCGUGUGCCAUGUUUUUGGUGCAUGUCGAUCGACCUCAAGUGGUCGAGAUUUUUCCGGAGGCCUCCAUAGUGGUGUCCCUCGCCCUCAUGAACUUCUUUGCGGUUUCAGGACGUUAAACUCAAGGAGAAUUUUUAGGCUUCGCGCGAAAGUGGUAGGGAAGUAAAAUUCUGUUUAUAUGUUUGCAUACUUAGAGUAAGAGAAAUGCCCCUCAUAAUCAUGGAGCAUAAUGUUGAGAUUCAACACAUAAAUCCUUUUCCAUUUGCCUUUCUGGAAGUUGGUAGUUCAACAUGGUAUCAUUCUGAGUUGAGAAUUGCAGUUCCAAAGGUUAAGGCAGCUGAGGCAUCAUCUAAGUGGUCUGUAGAAACUUUGCCUGUGCCUUUUUUUCCUAGUGGCAUUAGCACUUGCUGCAUUUCAUGCAUUGAUGUUUGAUAGCUGAAAGCAAGAGCAUCAAUAAGAAAAAGGGAAAGAUGCUAAGUUUGUUAAACUAAUUGCUUCUCAGUCAUGGGCUUCAUGUUGUGAUUUGUAAUUAUCUGCUUCCAUGCCAACAUUUCAAUGCUUAAAAUGCAACAAAAGCUUUGGCUUAUCUACUUAAUUGAAUGAAAUAUGCACUAUAAUGAACUAAUGAAGAACAGGAGUGGGAAAGUGAAAUCAGUAGAUUGCAGAAUGUAGAAAGUCAGAGAAUUGUCCUUUAGGCAAAAAACAUACAAUUAGGGUAAUUGAGCGAAACUACAACAUGCUGUCUUUCUUCAAAGCAAAAAGAGAACUGUACUUUUAUACCAGACCACUCAGUGCACAUUUUUCAUCAUUUUUGUUCACAUAAAUUAUCUAACUCACUUUUUGUUUGUCUGUUGUGGUAAAAACCACUGCAAAUAGUUGGUGAAUUUCUAUCUGUUUUUUGUCGUAAUUCAUAAGUUAACAAUGUUCACAAAUAAGUAGUGUACUUCCUGUGUCUUUGUUCAUCAAACCUCAGUGCCUCUUCACUCACGGUGGGUGCUGGUGUCUUCGGCAGUUCCUCGACCUUGUACAAGGUCACCACUGUUGGCGUAAUGAGUGCUUUAGUUGUAUGUUAAGUGCUCUCCAAUAGGGCAUAUCGACGAUAAUGCGUGGUCUCGGUCCACAGCUUGUGGCAUGUUACGUGUGGAUGUCGUGUGCAAGUGCUGUGAGAGAAAGUGUUCUUGGAAGUGCAGACAAUGAUGUCUGCCCCGUGUCACAAUGCACGAUUCUGAAUUCCGCACUUCAGUCACGCAUGAAAUGUGGGCAACUGUUGCUGGUAGACAGAAGCACACCUGAAUGUGUAUCCUCUCUGCUUUUUCUUCCUUUUUCUUUUUGCAUGAAACGGCAUUACAUCUCUUUCGUUCAGCACACACUGCCUGGACUGCUGCACUUUUCCGUCCACCUAGAGUACUACAUAAGCAGAACUGCAAUAUAACGAGUACAGAUAUAAAGAAUUUUUAAUUGUAACGAAGUAAAUGAGGAUUUGGAUUUCCACUUGUACAGCAUUACUAAUAUACAUCUAUAAUGAAUUUUCGGAUGUAACGUAGCUAUUUUCAUGUCAGAUGCGACUACACUGUAACGAGGUUUGAUUGAGAUAAUCAUCCAUUGUGCCUUUUCAAGGAUUGGAGCGCUUUAUUUAGCCACUGUAUUGGCACCAUUGUUGUUGAUCGAAAUAACCUAAAAACAUGCAUAGCCAUCUUUGUUUUGUUUUUUUCAGCACGUGUUUUUGCUGCAUACAACUCUUCUUUCUUUUUGCCUAGAAGGUGCCAUGCCUCACAAUCUAUGAAUCUCAUUCGUGUUGUGUUCCAGUACACAACUUGGACUCAUGAUAUAGUUAAUAAGGACAUAGUUCUGAAAAAGCUACAGCUACUUCAGCACCUUUGGGGACCUUUCCAGGAGCCCUGCUUACAAUUGCCGAAAUGCCUUUUAAAAAUAUUUCUAGGUCAAUGCUGUGUCAUCUCUCCCAAUGAGAUGGCCGUCCUGUGAGACUCCUGCAUUUUGUCAGUCUCUAACAUACUUUCGCAUUUCAUAGAGCCACGGUGAUAGGGAAAUUACUUCCUACUUAUGUCUUGAAUUUUGAAAACACAGAUGUGCAUCUGCAAGGAACGUUCAGAGUACAUUCUUUCUUUACCAUUAAAAUUUCACAUUUAACCAUCAAGCAAAAAUCUAGCCCCUCUGUGCAUUCCCCUUCUUUCUUUUUGUUUCAAAAUGAGCACCUCAAACUGGCAGGUCUGUUGCUUUUAAGUAGUGCGCGAGGGUUUGUUGGUUGGCUACCAGCUCGUAAAGGAUCACGUGCUACGCAAUGCCACCUGGGAAAAGCAAUUUUCCACAUUUGCCACCAUGGCCACUAGUGGCGUUGGCUAACACUCCCAGGAUUACAAGUGCAGAAAUACUUGGGGAAAUAGUGGAUCGGUGAACGGGUGCCACCAUAGGGCACUUGGUAGAAUACCGGACGUGUAAAUCAAAGAUUGCGUUCGGUCCCCACUGGCAGAAAGUUGUUUGUUUGUGCGCUUUCAUUAACUUUCCCUUUUUGUCAUAAUUAGUAGACUUCAAUUAAAACUACAAAUUAUGCUUCCUAUGGUUUCCUUUUCUUCAUUAUGUAUUAGCCUCGUAUGACUGCGUCUAACAAAAGAAUGGACCCUUCAAUUCAUUCUCCUUGUUUCAUUAACCUGUUCCAGAAGAAAUUUAGGGAAAAUGCGCAACUUUCAGCCGCCAACAUGCCAUGAACAGUCAACAGCUGUCAGUAUUGUUUAUUCAUACUUCUCACCUUGUUGCUGGCUUACACCUCCCCUGUGCAAUGAUACCUCACAAUCUGGAGAGAAGUUUCUUUUGUUGUUAUCAUAAACAGAAAACUCACAAGAUUAAUGGUAUUAAAUGCAACAAAGACAGCUUGAUCAUAAGAAAUUCUUGCACAGCCCAGGUGCUUGGCUGCAAAGGCUGCUUUGCAUUAGACAACUCUACUCUUUCUAGUAUUCGGCAAAAGAACCAGCCUUUGCAAAAUAAGGUGCUUAUUCAGUAAGUCAAUGUUUCCGAAUACUGAAACUCAGCACGUAUAGCUAACACCUAACAGAUAGAUAACUGCAAUGUAUUGCAUAGCUUCUGUACAUGAUUGCUCAAGAUUCAACAGUAAAAUAUUGUGUGCGACUCUCUCUGCGCUAACGUGCUCACAGAGCACCACUUAUUCUUCCUUUCUUUAUUUUAAUUUGUUUUGCCCUUCCAUCAUCGGCUCUGCCAUCAUUAAUUCCUGGAUCAGUGUUUCAAAGUGGCAUAUAAAGUGGAAGGAAUGCGGUCACAGUAAAUGAACCUGUAAAAACCCUGUGGCUUCAGAUACUACGGCGCCUUUCAUCACACUAGUUUGCGCCUGCUGAUCAAUUGUAAUUGUGAUAGCUCUCACAAUUCGAGUUGUUUCUGUAGGCAGGGCCAGUGCUGGGCCACCAUUACCUGAUGCAGGGUUAAUUGGUCACAACAAUGGCCUACGUUGGUCUUUUUUUUAAUUCUAAUUGAGACAGGUGAGUACCGGAGCCCUCAGGUCAGGGCUGGGCCCAUGAAUUUUAGUGGUUUCUUUUCUUUUCCUCACUUUUUCUUUUCCCCCUUCUUGCAGCACUCUGAAAACACAAGAUGCUGACUGCAAAACUUUAGUGAACUAAAGAUUAAGAUCAUUGAGAUUAUUCGUAAUAUUUGAUUAGCAACAUUUGUCGGUAGUCAGGAGCGUCGGCAGGAUUUUGUCUUGGGGGGUGCAAAGCAGUGUUGCAUGGCGGCUGGGGGAGGAGGAGAGUACUGGUGUAGCUUGGGUGGGGGCAAGUGCUGGUGUGUCUUGAGGGGGGCAAGUGCCCCUUUUGCACCCCCCUGCCGACGCCCAUGUCGGUAGUAUUUAAUAGCCACGUGAUGAGGAAAUGGUGGUUUUAGAGCUGUACAGAAUCAAGUGCACGUUGCAUUUUUCUCACAAUAAUUCACAUGAUGUCACUUUUGCUACGGUGUCUGUGCACUCUAGGACACCCGCUUGGUAUGUCCUCAAGGUGUUCUUUCAUUUGAGGACAUCAUUUUUGCACAGCUUUUUAGCCACUACUGUUUGUUUGUCACACACAUCCAUCAAAAGGGAUGCAGGUGCCUUUGGUAUGGCCUACAUUUUGCAACAAGAGGGUGUGUGCGCUAACAUUGUGUGCGAUCGUCGUCUGAAGUAUAGUUCGCUAGUCACAUGAUUUUUUAAAAUUUCUGCAUGCGUUCAGCUGUUGGAUUGCAGCCUCUGUGCGGUAAUUUUUUCUUGUUUAGUCAACUUUUCUUUGCACUGAGUGUUUUUUUUUCUUCUUAAGUACAUACGUGCGCCAAGGAUGCAUUUUGCUGUUUUUUGUUUUUAUUUGCGUGCGUGCAUGUGUGUGUGUUUGUGUAGCAUAGCAUAUUGACAAACCGUGUGUAAGAAAAGCCUUCACUGUUUUUGCACUGUCUGCUAGAAGAUAACAUUGACUUGAGCUACUGACUGUAGGUACUUUACGGCCGUACAGAGAUGUGUACAUUAACUUAGUGAGGAACCUUGAACUGGUGUGGGUUUGUCGAGAGAGUGAGAGUGCAGUCACCUAAGUAUAUUUGCUCUCUUACCUUGGUGCCCAGUAUUAAUCUGUGUUGCAUGCGUAUUGGUUGUUGCAGUGUUAUUACAGUUGGUCCGCUUCUUCGACUGACGUUAACGACUGAGCCGUCAGCUUGCUUGUUAUACGCUUGUAUUCAACGUUGAGCAUUCCGCGCACAGCAUGUUCAGCUUGCCGCAGCUGGUUGAAACGAGGCACACCUUGUAGGAUACACGUGCUUCCACAAAAUGGUUAUGUGGUCAGAUUGUUAAGAGUUUUUUUCUUCGUGGUCCUUCUUAGUGUUUUGAAUUACUUGUAUUGGUGCACCUUCAAUCCCUCGAGGUGUUCUUAUGGGCAAGUUUCUAUGUUUGAUUUUGUUUUAGAAAUCUCAGUGCUUGUCACAAAGUCUCCGCAGUGAAAGUUUACAAUCCGCAGUCUUUGUAAAACAAAGACUGCAUUUGCCACACCUUUUACUGGGUCCUGUAGUGGCGACCACAUGCCUCCUUCAAUUCAUGUUGUCGUAAUUGCAAAUUUAUUUCGAAAAAUGUGCUCUACACUAAGCAUCUUCUAAAUGUAAGGCAUCCUGACUUACAGUUGCUGCAAAGAAGUUUUCAAAGAUGCCGGGCUCGUUACUACCUGUCAUUGGCCACAUACCGAGGACCAGAUGCACAUUGGGCCACAUACAUGGUUUAAGUUGCUGCAAAAUUGAUCGAAUUUCAGAAGGCCAUGCCAGUUUCGAGAGCGCCAAGAACGCUUUGGAAGCAGUGUAACUAAUUUUGUCACUUGUGGAGUAGCUUUAAAAGUUCCAGCAAAGACCGUUACAAGUCGGCUGUAACAAAACAUGAACAAGAUGGAGCAAAUCCGUUUCGUAGAUAAUUGCUUUAAGUUUUAACUUUCUAACCAUGAUGCGACUCACAUUCGAACAUGCCACACCUCCAAAAUCGAGUGUGUGUCAAUGAAUGUAAGGAAAUGUGAAGCAUGGCUAUAUACAAGUUUGUUUUUGUCACUGUGUUUCAUUCUGGUUUGACAAUACAUUCAAGCAGUUGUUACACAUGGUUGUGUUUGUCAGAAAGCGUUUUGUUCACUUUAGGGGAGGAUCAGCAUUCUUUCAUAGUUUCUUUUUUGCUUAGCACAGGUUCAUCCUGGUCUCUCUCAAUAUUGCAGAAUUUGCACUUUCAUUGAGGCCUAUCUGAAAUUUGCCUUCUGUGCAUUCUAAAUCUUAUGCAGUAAUAUUAGGUGUCAUUUGGUUUGCUUGCCAAAAGCUAUGGGCAUUAUGAAAUUAAUCUUCUCCUGUAUUAAAGACCAAAAACAAUAUGGAAGUGGUGUGCAAGGAUCCAGAGAACCAAAGGACGAGCUAAGAUUUUUAUUUGUCUAAAAAAAUUGCACUGUUAUGGCUUCUAGCUUAUGUGCCUUUGAAAAUGACCCGCAAAUGCACUGUAUUUGUAAAGCAUUUUGUUCUUUGAAGCUUACUAUAGACCUUUCGCGUUUGACAACUGUUUUGAAACUUUUUUUUUUCUUAUGUCGUGUUGCUUGCACAGAUAGUGUUCUGGAUAUUUUUUUUGCUUCGUACCAUUUCACAAAAUGUUAGCACUGUUUGGAAGUUUCACAUUGUGUUUGAUUUAUCGCUGUUCCAUAUGUUGAACGUUUGUUAUGAAGCCUGUAAUAAAGUGUAGCAUCAAAGUGUUUGCGAGGCCUAAUGCCACAGCUGCGCGUGUACUCCCAUUGUGUGCCAUGGCUGACUCUUGGCCGUACUACUGUGAACAAGAAUUCAAAUAAAUGUGAUGACUUCCGCA